AUGUCGGACGUUGAGAUUAAUUUCAAGGUAUUCCAGAAAAGGUUGACCCAACUCCACUCGGAAUUCCGCAAUUUCGAAGGUUCACCCCAGUCUUUGUUAUUCGUGGUUGGAUCUAGCGAUGAAGAGGAUCCUUACAAAAAGAGCACUAUCCUUCAUAACUGGCUUCUGGGUUAUGAAUUUCCAGCAACUUUGAUUGCGUUCGUCCCAGACAAAGUGAUUAUUGUCACUGGUGCCGGUAAAGCCAAGCAUCUCCUUGGCGCGGUAGACCUUUUCAAGGAUUCGGCUUUCAAACUUGAACUGUGGCAGAGAAAAGCAAAAGAUGACGCUCACAAUGACAAGCUUUUUGCAGAUGUUAUUGAGCUUCUCAAAACGGCUGGCAAAACUGUAGGAACUCCUGUCAGCGACAAAUACCAAGGGAAAUUCAUUGCUCAGUGGACGCCUCACUGGGAGGGCGCUACAGGAAAAGGCGAAUUUGAAACCGUUGACAUCGCAUUGGGAUUAUCGCAAGUGUGGGAAAAGAAAGACGAUCAAGAAGUUGCGUUCUUGAAGGUUUCUAGCAAGGGAACAGACCUGUUUAUGAAUUUGCUUUCAGAUGAAAUGGUUACGGCUGUUGAUGAAGAACUGAAGAUCAGCAACGCUAAGCUUUCAGACAAGAUUGAAAAUAAAAUAGACGACCCUAAGUUUCUCAAAAAGCUUGCAAACCAGAUGGCUCCGCUUUGUCCUUCUGGAGAAAAAUUCGACAUUAACUUGCUAGACUGGGCCUAUUCUCCUAUCAUCCAGUCAGGCAGCAAGUUCGAUCUGAAAGUUUCCGCACGUUCUAACAACGACCAGUUGCAUGGAAAUGGCUGUAUACUUGCCUCGUGUGGAAUUCGUUACAAGAGCUACUGUUCUAAUGUAACUAGGACAUUCUUGAUUGACCCGACAGAGGAAAUGGUCUCCAAUUACGAGUUUCUCGUAUCUUUGCAGCAGGAAAUUAUCAACAGCUUUCUCAAAAUUGGAAAAACUCCUAAAGAGGUCUAUGAAUCCACGGUUGAGUACGUGAAAUCUCAUAAACCCCAUCUACUCUCAGGACUUACCAAAAAUGUUGGUUCCUUGAUUGGCUUGGAGUUCAGGGACUCGCAGUUUGUACUGAAUUCCAAGAAUGAACAAAGAAAAAUCGGAGAGCAGGACUGCUUUAAUGUUUCUCUUGGCUUCAACAAUUUGAAAGACUCCAAAACAGGUGUAAACUAUGCAGUUCAGAUUGCAGACACUGUGCUAAUAUCUUCAGACGGUAAAGCUGCUGCCCUUACAGACUACACUAAAUUGAAGUCUCAGAUUUCGUUCUACUUCAACAAUGAGGAAGAGGAAGUCACCACCAAGGUUAAGAAGGAAAACGCCGCAGGUUCUCCUCCUAUCCCUAUGAAAUCUGACGGGAACUCUAAAAUCCUUAGAUCCAAGCUGCGUGGCGAAUCAAGAGUUCAGGAGGACAGUCAAAAGGAGCAGAUUCGCAAAGAGAACCAAAGAAAGCUGCAUGAAAAAUUGCAAAAAAAUGGUUUGAUUAGAUUUAGUGCCGCCGACGCUAAUGGCGCCGAUGACCAACCGCAACACCAAUUCAAGAAGUAUGAGUCUUAUAUCAGAGAGACACAGAUUCCUAACAACGUUCGUGAUUUGAGGGUUCAUGUUGAUUGGAAGAAUCAAACCAUAAUUCUGCCAAUAUAUGGUAGGCCGGUUCCCUUCCACAUAAACUGUUACAAAAACGGUUCAAAAAAUGAAGAGGGAGAGUACACAUAUCUGAGACUGAACUUUCACUCACCUGGUGCGGGUGGAAUUUCCAAAAAAGCGGAGGAGCUUCCUUACGAAGAUUCCCCAGAUUAUCAAUUUGUCCGUUCUAUAAGUCUCAGGUCUAAGGACGGCGAUCGCAUGAACGAAGUAUUCAAGCAGAUUGCUGAUUUAAAGAAAGAGGCAACCAAAAGAGAGCAGGAGCGCAAACUACUAGCAGAUGUUGUGGAGCAAGCUAAACUGUUAGAGAAUAAGUCAGGAAGAACGAAAAGACUUGAUCAAAUUUUUGCAAGACCCAGCCCCGACGCUAAGAGAGUGCCUGGUACAGUCUUUAUUCACGAAAACGGUAUCAGAUAUCAGUCUCCUCUGCGUACUGACAGCCGCAUUGACAUUUUGUUCUCUAACAUCAAAAAUCUGAUAUUCCAGCCUUGCAAGGGUGAGUUGAUUGUCAUUAUUCAUGUUCAUCUUAAGAACCCCAUCUUGAUGGGCAAGAAAAAAAUACAAGACGUUCAAUUCUACAGGGAGGCUUCUGAUAUGGCAGUUGAUGAGACUGGAAACGGAAGACGCUCUAACAUGAAGUUUAGAAGAUAUGGUGAUGAGGAUGAACUUGAACAAGAGCAGGAAGAGAGGAGAAAGAGAGCUGCAUUGGACAAAGAAUUCAGGUAUUUUGCGGAGGCUAUUGCUGAUGCUUCCGAUGGCCUCGUUGACCUUGACACCACGUUUAGAGAACUGGGGUUCCAAGGUGUGCCCAGCAGAUCCGCUGUUUACUGUAUGCCAACUAGAGACUGUCUAGUGCAGCUAGUGGAACCUCCAUUUUUAGUUAUCAACCUAAGCGAAGUGGAGAUCUGUGUCUUUGAAAGAGUACAGUUUGGUCUAAAGAAUUUCGAUAUGGUCUUUGUCUACAAAGACUUCAGCAAGCCUGUCACUCACAUUAACACCGUACCUAUCGAAGAUCUUGAGCUUCUCAAGUCGUGGUUGACCGAUGUUGACAUUCCUUAUGCUGUAUCCACCAUUAAUCUAAAGUGGUCCACUAUCAUGAAGUCUAUGCAAGAGGAUCCUCACCAAUUCUUCUUGGAAGGUGGUUGGUCAUUUUUGGUGGCGGGAUCUGAUGACGAGAUGUCAGAUGAGAGCGAGGAAGAAAUAAGUGAGUAUGAGGCUUCAGAUGAAGAUCCAUCUGACGAAAGUGCAUACUCUGAAGAAGAUGGGGGCUCUGAAGACGAUUUUAGUGAUGGAGGAAGCGAAGAUGCAAGCGCUGACGAAAGCGAAGAGGAGGGUGAAGACUGGGACGAACUAGAGAAAAAAGCAGCGAAAGCAGACCGCGAAAAUAGGCAAAAUGAAUAA